CGCCCCGGUGCAUGCUGGGUGACUGAGGCAGCGCAGCAGCAGCCGGUGACUGACUCAACCUUCACUUCCAGCCUGUUCUCCUCCGGUUCUUCUCCGGUUCCGCCCCGGUGCCGCCCCGGUGCCGCCGGCUCCAGCUGCAGACCCGCGGACCGUCCGGUGUUUCACGGAGUCAUGGACGUCAUCAGCCGGUGUGUGACGGUGUAGCCAGGAGGAUUCGUUGACUGCCAUAGAAUCAUGGAGCCAGAUGUGAUACGCAUGUACUCCUCCUCACCGCCGCCGAUGGAGGAUGGUGCAGAGGAAGAGGAAGAUGAGUUCGGAGACUUCGGCACCUUCUCUGCUGUCCCAAACAGCAUCAGCUUCACAGAGUUUGACACCCUUACCACUUUUAACCAGACCCAAGCUCUGACCGCCACCUCCCCGCCCGAGCUCAUCAACAGCAGAGGCGCAAAAGGGUUCGGCUCCUCAAACGGCACCCGCAGCUCCGCGAAUGAGCGCCCCAAAGCUAACGGCGUGCCAGCGAGCCACCUGGGCAGUUGUCCCUCAGAAAGAACUGAGACGAGGAAAGUCCUGUUCUGCUCCCCGGAUUUGUCGGUGAGCGACACAGUUGGUGGCGAGCUCGCUGACUGCAACGGAGAAGGCACAGCGGUGCUAACAAACGGGUUUGACGUUCAGGGAAGCCCCUCUUCGCAGAAUUCUGUCCUCUCUCAUAUAAAAGGAACGUCCACAGAGGACACAGGCAAUGUCCUGGUCAGCAGCCCAGCUGACGAUUUUGCAGACUUUGCAGCUUUUUCCGAUGCUGAAGAACGCCUCAGUCAGACGACUAACAACGAGUCGAACAAUCCCUUAGGGGUCAGCUGGGUGGCGGAGAUGUCCUGCCACGACCAGCACUGUAACUCAGAGCAGGGUACAAGUUCAGAGGACACUAUCAGGGACACAAACAGAACUGGACCCAACAUGUCCGGCCCUGAAUCCAUAUCUGCUCCAACGGAGGCCCUGGACCGGGGCUCUCACACAGACGCUGACUCUCAACAAAGGGAUGUAGCCUUUGCACAGGAGUGCUCUGCCUCAGAAGCUGUUUGCACUAAUGAAGCGCUCUCUCUGAACGGGCUGGACGUAGUUGACGGGGACGAAUCCAAAGCCGCUGCGGGCUGCAAUGGAAACGACCUCUCGCCUGACACAACUGCAGACAGCGAGGCGGGACAGUCGGACGAGAAGGGCUCUUGGAAUGAGACAGAGACAGAGACCGAGACGUCUUUUGGCCGGCCGCUGUCGACAGAUGCUCUGGAGGAGUACGGGGACAUCAGCACCACGGGCUCGGUGCCCUCCCCGCCCCUCCAGGGGGAGCCCUCCACACCCGCUGACCACAGCCAGCUGGCAGAGGAUGACGAGGACUUCGGGGACUUCGGUGACGCUGACUCAUUUGGCGGUCAGGGCUUUGCUGAUUUUGAACAGUUGGACGUCCAGCAGGAGCAGAGCACGCCGCACAGCUCUGCUCCUGUACAGGAAGUUACAAACACAAAUGAGGACAACGGCUUUGGCGACUUCAACUCCCCCAAUGUCCUCAGCAGUGGAAAUGAGCGGCAGGACGAAGGAGAGUUUGAAGACUUCCCUGUCAGUGACAGUUUCGGUAACUUCAGCUCGGCCGUUGAGGGCGCAGACGGCGAGGAGGAUGCAGGGUGGAGCGCCUUCGGGGAGCAGGAGCAGCCGGUGGAGGAGGAGGGGGAGUCGUGGGCAGCGUUCAGCUCGGAGCAGAGCGUCGCUCUCCCUGCAGAGAGCAGAGAGGAGGAAGAGGACAUAGAGGAGGAGUGGCAUGAAAGUGAUGCUGCUGCAGUCGGCGAGGAAACGAGCAGCACGGACAGUCAGGCGGCGUCGCUGUCCGCUCGUCUGCUGAAGCUGUUUCAGAGCAGCUUCCCUCAGAGCACCGGCGCCGCCCUGGUGGAGGACGAGGUGGCUUCACUGAAGAUCCUGCUGGAGCCUCCGGAGGACGAACAGCCCGGAGCCGAGGAGACGAGGUCGACGUGCAACAGGUGGGUGCAUGGCGGCGUGUGGACGCAGCUUCAGGACAUCAACGAGGCGUUGGGCCUCAGGUACCAGUGGGGCGGCUCGCACGGUAACAAAGUCCUGCUCUGCUGCCUCGGCAUCGACACCAGAAAUAUUCUGUUCACGGGUCAGAAGAAGCAGCCGGUCAUCGUGCCCAUGUACGCCGCCAGCCUGGGGAUGCUGGAACCCACCAAAGAGCCUGUGAAGCCCGUCUCCGCAGCAGAGAUGAUCACGUCCAUCGCUCAGGCGUCUCCUGUGGCUCCAGAGAAAAGCUCCUGUCCGUCAGACUCAGUGCAGCAGGAGGCGCUGCCGCCCGUUCAGUUUGACUGGAGCAGCAGUGGCCUCACCAACCCUCUGGACGCGAGUGGAGGCUCAUCUUUAUUAAACCUGGAUUUCUUUGGUCCUGUGGAGGAUUCGGGCUCCAACAGCUCAACAUCCAUCCCAGGCGUCGACCCUGAACUUUACGAGCUGACGACGGCCAAGCUGGACGCCGGGAGCUCAGGCAGCCGCAUGGCGGACGCCUUCGCCCGCCUCAUGUCCACCAUGGAGAAGACCAGCACCUCCACCAGGAAGCCGAGGAAAGAUGAGAAUCUGAGCGAGGAGGCAGCCAAAGUCAUCGCCGCUCUGCCCGACCUCUCCUUCAUGCAGGCCAAGGUGCUGAUGUUUCCCGCCACGCUGACGCCGCUCGACUCGCAGGCCGCGUCGGACUGAAGCCGGGCUCCCUGCUGACCCCGCCCCCUGACUACCGCCUCCAUGGCCCCGCCCACAGAUCUAGUCCAUUUUAACACUGUCGUUUUUUAAUUUUUUUUAUUUCUUGCUGCGUCGCAGUUUUUUCUUUCAAACUUUCUUGUUUUUUUUUACUUUUGCGCUUUUGUUUUUCCAAUAAAGCGAAAGUGUUCUGAUGAGGGAACAGCCGGACGACCACCUGCACAUCAACCGUACACGAGAUCGUUCAUGUAGUUUAUAGACGAGUUGUUCAUAUCCACAAGAAUCGUGUUGUAAAUAAUCAGGGAUCAAACGUUUAGUUUUUUAGAUUCUGAUUUUACGUCUGAAGGAAACAAAGGCUGAAGCUUUGAAUCAAACUGAAGUGGAAUAAAUAUAAAAAUAUAUAUAUAUAUAUGAUCAGUAUAAAACCAUUUAUAAACAUAUAUGAAAUCUAUAUUUAUGGACUGAGACCACCAGAUUGUUUUUACCUUCACUCCAUUUUAAUCUGAGUUAACCUUUGACCUCAAGUUGUUGUAACCCCUCCCCCUUUUCUUUUGAUUUGAACGAAGCCGACGUCCUGUGGAGCUUUGAUUUUCUUUUACUUCCUGGUUCGUGUCUCUUCCUGUGUUAUGUUGUGGGGGGGGGUAAAAGGGGACGUUUAGAUGAAAACCACUGAGUCUCUGGUGAAGGUCGACUCAUCUGAAGGGAAUCAAGGGACCAAUCCGUGACCGAAGUGCUUUCUGUCGUGUCGUCGUGGCUCCUGCUCGCUUCCGGCCCGUCUCCAGGAGGAUUUUGCACAUUGUAAAGAUGACGUGGACGUGUCGUCGUUCACUGUGGCUUCAGACUGUGAACACGUACAAUUCCUAUGGAAGAAACGGAAUCACUGGACGAGCCUGAGACGAGGUCGUCGUGCAUGUUCAGGUUCUUCAGACUCUGUGUGUAAAUUUGACUUUUAGUGUAAACGAGGAAUAAAAAUAAUUUAAGAGAAAACGUGA